UUCACUUCCAUAGUUCCACACAUCUUCUCAAGCGAAGAUUUAUGUUUAAAUGUUAACUUAGUUGAAGGACACUGGUGUAAUUCCCGAUAUUGAAGGGCAUUGUAGCAACUUAACUCACAUUUGGGAGUGGAUCGGAUUCGUUUGGUAUGGAGCUAGGGUUUUAUAAGGGGUUAGAUUCAGUAGCAGUUUUCACUUUCGUCUUCUCAAGCGAAAAUGGUGGCUGAAGAGCGAGCCGCAAAGAGAUCUAAGUUUGAUCCACACAUGACCAAGUUAAUUGAAGAUUUGGUUGAUUCGAUUUUUGCUCAGCCUCGCCCUCGUGCUCAAGGUAGGAUGCGGAACGAACAAGAAAUCCAUUAUCCAGUAACUAUAGUAGGUUACACACCGGAUUGGGCGUACACAAAUGUUAUUAUGCCGAUGAGGCUGCUUGUUUGCAUAGAAAUUGGAGGGAAUGGUAGGGGUCUUAACUAUGAUUCUCAAUUUGAAGCCAAUAGAGUCGUACUUAAGAAGGCGAUCUGUAUCUAUUUACCUCACCACUAUGCUUCAGUAGUGACCGAUUUUGUUAUAAUGUGGAAUGGUGUACCGGUGUCGGCAACCAAGCCGUUUCAGUACAGUAACCCGUAUAAUCAGGGUUCCCAUCUAGAUUGUGGUUUGAAAUCUUCCCCAGAACAAGGCCUAUAUCACAGUAAUGUUCCCUUUUGGCCUAAUAAACACACUUACAUUGUUGGAUAAAAACAUGUUGGAACAUCUUCAAACCGAAUAUGGAUGAGGGUUAGGGUAAGAAUGGAGCUUCGUGUAGGUCUGAGCAUAUCUUGCCAAGUAGAAGCACUAGCUGACGAGUUUGGUUAAGAUACUAUUAGUAUUGCAGCUUUGGUUUUCUUUCUUUUUUUUCUUUUUUUCUAGGUAGUUGAUAUUAGUUCCUCCUCAACUCCUGCUCUCAGAAAUAUUAAUGGCUGGUACAUGACUUAGCGUCAGAAAUAUUGUUUUGAUGUGUGAUACCUUUUGUUGUUUUUGAAGUACCUACAAACCUUGCCAGUGGAGAUGAGACAUUGCUUGAUGUUGUAUGGGGAGGUUUUUGACAUGGUUCACAUGGUAUUUUGUAAAUGACUAACACGGCGUUGUCAAUCUAAUUAAUCAUGAAACUUCUGAUGGUGUUUUCUUAUCUCACCAUUGGUUAGUGUAUCUUUGAUAUGUGUAUUAUAUAUGUGGGAGAGUUUGUUUUUCUAACACCGUAUGAUUACAUUUACAUACAGCAGCUGUGUAUCUGCUUUUUCUCAA